AUGGGUAAAUUUUUCACUGCAAACGUUAUGCCACAGAUUGCCGGAUUUGUGGCAAAUUACAAAUUGUAUCGCGACAGAUUGCCAGAUUUGUGGCAAAUAACAAAUUGUAUCGCCAUCAUGGAUCAAGUGCGUGAUUACUUUUUAGUGAAAUUCAGAAGCAAGGAGGACAUGUACCGGGUGUUAAAUGAAGGCCCUUGGGUGAUUCUAAAUACGUACUUACAUGUGCAGCCAUGGGACAGUUCAUUUGAUGCCGGCACCACAAUGGUCAAAUCAACGAUUGUGUGGGCAAAGCUACCCGGCCUACAGGAUAAGCCGUUGGUUUCACAGUUGGAAUUUCGUGACAUGGUACAGAAAGUGGAGUAUGAAAACGUGCCACCCCUCUGUGCUGCGUGUAAUCGGGUGGGUCAUCAAGCCGGAACAUGCCUAUGCCCCGUCAAAAACGCCGGAUCUGGUGAACCCACAAGGAGGAGAGUUCCUAGGGUCUCAUCACUAAUGGAAGAUACGGUCAAUCGUUUUGAGAAAUUUAGACUCACUGAAGAAGAGAAGGGUUUUGUAAUUGGUAAAGGGGAUGUGGCAAGGAGAAGGGAGGAAUGUGAACGAAAUCUAAAGGAAAGGGACCGAGUGUUAUCAGGGGGACCAUGGUUCUUUAAGGAGCAAUUGAUGGUGAUACAUCCAUGGGCUAAGAAAUUAGAAGAGGAUAAAGCAAAGUUCGACCGGGCAAACAUGUGGGUUCAAGUUCAGGGUCUCCCAAGUCACUGGGUCUCAAAGGAGGUUGGCUGGAAGCUAGGUAAGCUCUUCCCCAAUUGUUCUAAUGUCUUAAUUCCAGAAAGUGGCAGUAAGUGUGGUAGAAUUAUUAAAAUUUAUGUAGAAGUGGAACUGAAUAAGCAGCUUGUGAGGGGUACUAAGUUAACACUUGAGGGUGAAACUCGGUGGUUGCAAUUUAGCUAUGACAAUCUACCUCUUUAUUGUUAUUAUUGUGGUCAUGUUGGGCAUAUUGAAAAGCAGUGUGAGACAAAGAAGGAGGAUGCAAAAAGAGGUACAAUUGAUGAGGAACAAUUUGGGGAUUGGUUAUCUGCGCGAAAACUAAAAAUGGAGAUUAAGAAUGUCGAAGAUAGAGGAAUGAGGGAUAGGUAUUAUGGAAAGUUUGUGCCAGUGGGGAAGGAAAGUCUGGAUCAAAAUCAACAGGAGGAUCAAUGGAAAGGAGGAAGAGUUGGUGAUAGUAGUUCAUGGGUGGAGUCGGGAGGGCAGAAAGUAAUUAAAGAUGCUAGUGGAGACAGUUUGAGUGACAACCCUGUCGACAGGGAGGCGAAUGUAAAGGGUCAUGCACAAAUGGCACCUCAGUGGCAGGAAAGGUUUUUGGGAGUGAGAGAAAUCAAUUCCGAAGCAGAUGCUAAAGUGGUAGUGGACGAAAUUACAGAUCAUCUAUGGCAGGGCAGUAAUAAGGAAAAAGAGGGGUGUUUAUUGGUAGAUAAUCAUAAGGAACUGGACGGGGGAAAACGGUGGAGGAGGAGAGGCAUAGGUGGGAAAGGGGAGAGUCAACCUAUGGAGGAAGGAAACAUCAUGCCAGGAAACAAUGAAAGUAGGAAAAGGGGUGGUGUUAGCACAGAUGUGGAGUUGCAGGAGUCUGUGAUCAAGAAAGGGAAGGGAGAACUGGUUCGUUCAGAAUCCAGUGGGAAAACGAGGAGGACUGCUGGUAUGUUGGCGUGA